UUUCGCUUGUUUAUGUGUUUACUUUUUGUUGCACUCAAUAAAAGUGCACAAAACUGAUCACAGCAAGCGUAUUAUGUAUUUUAUCAUCGCGUUCGUAUUUACAAAAACAAAUCAAAAAAGAAAAUAAAUACAAAAUCAAGUCAAAUAUCGAGAUAACAAUGGCAGUCGUCAACUUAGGCAAUACUCGCAUGUUGCGCACUCUGCUAGUUUUUAAACUUAUAAUUUUCACUAUUUUCAUCUAUGCAUUAUAUUCCACGACAUCGACGUUUAACCCAGAGAUUUCCAUCUCACAAAAGAUAACUGCAGAUUCAGGUCGCCAGCAGGAGGAGCAGCUGACGAAGCUGCCAUCUUUAAUGGAAAUGGUGGAGUUGAAUAACACAGGCGAAUUCGGGCUGUCUUCAGGAGUGGAGGAACAGAAGCGGCUAAGAAAAUCGUCUUCACAUCCUUCGGCUGAUUCCAGUCAUAAGGCUGAGACUUCCAAUGAAGGCGAUUUGCGUAGGAAGCAGAUAAAUACAGAUACAGUUACCUCAAUGCACGAGAACAAAAGUGAGCCGGGCAUAAGAGAAGAUCCGAAAGAAAACACUCCUCAACAGGUGCUAUUAGAAAUAAAAGAUUCUCCCAAUUUACUGAUUGAAACAGAAAAGCUCUAUGAGAGCGGUCAUUUAAAUGAAGAGAUUGAUGUGGAUCGCAUUUGUUCGCUUAACGGCUUAAGCACAAGGCUUGUGGUAUUGAUCACCUCAGCACUUAAGCAUGCGGAUGCACGCAUGUCCAUCCGACAGACCUGGGGACAUUAUGGAGCACGUCGUGAUGUUGGCAUAGCUUUUGUUUUGGGUCGCAGUACUAACAGGACGGUAAAUGAAGCUCUCAGUGAGGAAAAUUCUUUGUAUGGCGAUCUGAUCAGAGGAAACUAUAUUGAUUCCUAUAAUAAUUUAACGCUUAAAGUUAUCUCGGCUCUGGAGUGGGCGGAUCUGCAUUGUCAUCAUGCCAAGUAUUUGCUAAAGACGGAUGACGACAUGUUCAUCAAUGUGCCCAUGCUCCUGAGUUUUACAGCAGAUCGGGAAAAACGCAAACAGAAGCGAGCCAUCUUUGGUCGAUUGGCCCAUAAAUGGAAGCCCGUUCGUAAUAAAAAAUCCAAGUACUAUGUAUCCAUUAACCAGUAUCCAGAAAAAGUAUAUCCCACGUUCACCACGGGACCUGCCUACUUAAUGACUGGUGACAUUAUCCACGAUUUAUAUGUGGGAUCACUGAAGAAGGCAUAUCUGAACCUGGAGGAUGUCUUCAUCACAGGUUUUGUGGCGCAAAGUUUGGAUAUUGAACGCUUUCACGUUUACGAGUUCAUCAACAGACGAAUCGGUCAUACUUCAUGCAAUAUACGCAAAUCUAUAAGCCUACACAUGGUCAAAUCUAGCGAACAGUUCGAUUUAUGGCAGAAGCUGCAGAACCAAACCGCAAAAUGUUAGAAUAGCUUUUCUCUAUAAUUUAAACAUAUAAAUAUCAACUUUAAACUAUUGUGGGUUAGUUUUAAAUAAAAAUGGUUUUAAGUUCCCAA